GCUUGCGCCGCUCGCUUGAGCCGAGGUCGGGAACAUGGCCGCGCGGUCCCUGUGGGCGGGCCGGCGGCGGUUGCAGCGCCUCCUGGCCUGGAGUGCCGCCUCUGACGGCAGAUGGAUGCGUCCUUUCAGCACUGCCACCCAGAGAACCACUGGCGAGGACUGCAGUUCCGAGGACCCUCCUGAUGAGCUUGGGCCCUCUCUUGCAGAAAGAGCCUUAAAGCUAAAAGCUGUUAAACUGGAGAAGGAAGUCCAGGAUUUAACAGUGAGAUACCAAAGAGCUGUAGCUGAUGGUGAAAACAUAAGAAGGCGAACCCAGAGAUGUGUAGAAGAUGCCAAGAUAUUUGGAAUUCAGAGUUUCUGUAAGGACUUGGUGGAGGUGGCAGACAUUUUGGAGAAGACAACAGGGUGCAUUUCUGAAGAAACAGAGCCUGGGGACCAGAAGCUCACUCUGGAGAAGAUCUUCCGAGGGUUGUCACUUUUAGAGGCAAAGCUGAAAAAUGUGUUUGCUAAGCAUGGCCUGGAGAAGAUGACACCCAUCGGUGACAAAUACGACCCUCAUGAGCAUGAACUCAUUUGUCACGUGCCUGCUGGUGUUGGGGUGCAGCCUGGCACUGUGGCAUUAGUCAGGCAAGAUGGCUACAAGCUUCAUGGCCGCACCAUUAGACUUGCCCGGGUGGAAGUGGCGGUGGAGUCUCCGAGAAGACUCUAAAUAGGCCAUCGGGAACUGAGCGCUCGCCCAGAGUGCAGUCACCUGUGUCUCCUUUAUUUAUUAAGCUAGGUUUGUAUUGUACAUGAGGUACUUCAUGUGGUCUGGGUUGGAUUUAGUCAUAUUGGCUUUAUUUCUGAGAUACUGUUCAUUUCACGUGACCUGUUUGGUCUCAUCAGAAACCUUGCCCUUGGGCAUUUGAACAAUGUGACAAGUGUUUGUAUGACCUUUAUCAGAAUAUGUUUAGGAAAAUUGUUUUUAAAUUGAUACUUUGUUCACUUUCAUUCCAAAAUCUUUUUGAAAGGUAAAGACAAGUAUAAGUUUGUGUAUUUUCAAAUGAUUGUUCCUCUUUAAUGUCUCUACCAUGGUUUGUUAGGAUCUUAUAUUUUGUGGGAAAAGGAGAUGAUAAGGAUUGGUUCAACAUUUGGGUACUUAGAUGAUAAAACAUUGUAAUUGUACGAAUUUAGAUCAUUUGAGUUGAUUUUUAUACACUUGGAUUUUCAGGACAUUUUAAUUUUCCUUUUAGCAAUCAUUUGUCCUUGUAUGCCCUGUCAGGCACAUGUCAUAGUUCCCCUCAUUGUUCCUUUCUGGCUCCAUUUACAAGAACUAAAGGUCCAGGCAAGGCUUGGAAGGCAGGGAACAUUGAAACAUUGGAACUACCCCAAAGCCUUGUGAGGAAGGAGGACCAGCAAACCUGGUGCUGAGUAUCUUCAACUUACUUUCAGCCUCCCUGGGUAUAUAAUCAUUUCUGGGAAAUGAGGCAGCACAAGCAGCUUAUUUUAUAAAUUGUUCUGUGUAAGUAAUUUACCUACAGUUUUUCUUUCAUGAGCCCUGAAAUCUAGUUUGCCUUGUUAUCCUUUACCUAUUCAUUAAAGAGAAGAUGGUCAAGACAAAAAUGUUAGGUUCCCACCAUUUCUCAUUUUCAUUGAGUUACACUAAUUUUUUUUUUUUUUUUUUUUUUCCACAAAUCACUACCUCUGUUACAUUGACAAACUUUAGUUCCUAGUUAUUAUGUCAUGGUGUAAACAUCUCACUCCCUUCUAUGUAUUUACCUGGGGUCAUUGAGCCUAUGUGUUUCUUAUUUUUUCGGUAUUGCUUAUAACUAGUAGUCUGUAAAUGUGUUGUUCAAUAAAUGGGUUAGCAAA